AGUCGCCUUUAAACAAUUCAAUCGCUCUCUCGUAUAUUCUUAACAAUUUUACUGCAAAUCACAAUUUAAGUGCAGUAGAUUUGACAAAAAAUAUUUAAAGUUACUCAGUUGAUGUUUAGAAAUUAAUUUGAAAGCAGCUAGUGUGAAAAUAUUAAAGAAAAUUAUGAAAAAUUGUUAAAUAAAUUAAAUUGUUAACCACCGCCCUCCGUCCACUAAGAAAUUGAAGUUCUUAACGGCCUUCUCAAAAGCCACACGCCGUACUUCCGUGUGCUGUGUCUUAUUUUACAACUUAAAGUGUUUUAAAUUAAUGACUAAGUAGAUAUUACCAAGGAAUAAUUAAAAAAUGAAGAGAAAUCCAAGAAUGGGAAAGGAAUAUAAUACAAAUUCAAUGGAAAUGGAACAGCCAUUCUAUGUCAGGCAAAGGCCUGCUCCCAUACCUUUCCACCAAUUUCUUUAUGACAGUAACAAAAAUACGGUUCUUGGUCGAACUGGUUCAUCAUGGGCAAAGAUAGGACUUUUCUACACAAUAUUCUAUCUUAUGUUAGCAGCCCUUGUUACUGGUUGUAUGAUAGUCUUUUUGAGUACACUCAAUCCGCGCAUCCCUAAGUGGCAAUUACAUGAGUCACUCAUCGGCACAAACCCAGGUUUGGGUUUCCGUCCAUUGCCUCCAGAGGAUAAUGUAGAAAGCACAUUGAUCUGGUAUAAAGGAACAAGCGAAGAUCAAUACAGAGUGUGGACACAAGCGCUUGAUGAGUUUCUCGAACCUUACAAGAAACCUGGGUCAAUAGCGGGACAUGGCGCGACCAUUUUCAAUUGCGAUGAAGACAGUAAUCCGCCGAAAGGUCAGGUGUGCGAAGUCAAAAUUGAUAAGUUGUAUCCAUGUGUCCAAGAAAAUAGAUAUAAUUAUCAUCGAAGCCAACCGUGCAUCUUCUUGAAGCUUAACAAAAUCUUUGGUUGGGUUCCACAUUUCUAUAAUGACACACAAAAUUUACCGGAUAAUAUGCCAGAGGAUUUGACGAAGUUCAUUCAAGACACGGAAAAAACAAAUUCGAAAAAAUUAAACACAAUUUGGGUGUCAUGUGAAGGAGAAAACCCUGCAGAUAUUGAGAAUAUCGGGCCAAUACAUUAUUAUCCUAUGCAAGGAUUUCCUGGCUAUUAUUAUCCCUUCGAGAACGCUGAAGGAUAUUUGAGUCCACUUGUUGCUGUUCAUUUUUCACGUCCAAUAACUGGCAUCAUUAUCAACAUUGAAUGCAAAGCAUGGGCUAAAAACAUCAAGCACGAUCGCUCAGACAGAAUAGGUUCAGUUCACUUUGAACUUUUGAUUGAUUAGAAUAAGGAAUUCGAAUCUCUAAAUUGAUUCUUCAUUUGAAGACAAAUCUCAAUCUCAAUCUGCCCAAAAAUUACUCAAAAAUUGAGUCUCGAAAUCAAGCACAAUAUCAAUCUUUUUAAAAACAAUAUGAAGAAGAUUUGAAUCUCAAAACAUAAAAGCAAUCAAUGAUUCGCCUUUAAAAGAAAUCAAAGAGAUCUGUAGUUUUUUAGACAAUCUUAGAAUUAAAUGAGUUUGAACUCAUUAAAAAAGAGGAAAAGUAAAAUUUAAAGACCAACUCGGAAUGUAACAUUUUUCAACAAUGUUUCUUGUUUUUUUUUGUCCAAUAAUAUUAAAAAUAUCUAAUAAAAUGAAAAGAAAAGUUCAAUUGAAUUAUUUAAAGAGAAUAAAACAAGAAAAAUUAUUUUAAUUAGUUAUAGAUAAUAA